AUGGAGUUCCCCUCACCCCACGUCAACCCUCCGCAGGGUUCUCACACACAUACGGUUAUUCUGCUCCAUGGCCGUGGUAGUAAUGGCCCCGAGUUCGCCGAAGAGCUUUUCUCAUCUACAACCUCCCAAGGCCAAAGCCUAGCUGCCCGUCUGCCUACCUACCGUUGGGUUUUCCCAACCUCCCGCCACCGAUGGAGCACUACGUUUCAAGAAGAGAUGUGCGCUUGGUUCGAUAUCUACUCCAUAACCGAUACCCACGCAAGGCAAGAGCUGCAGACGGACGGAUUACGAGAGUCUGUGUUGCACGUUCUUGAUAUCCUGGAGGACGAAGCUCGGCUGCUAGAUGGGCAGUUUUCCCGCAUCUAUCUUGGAGGUAUGAGCCAAGGGAUGGCGACCGCCUUAUGGGCCUUCUUUGGUGCAAUUGGGACCGGUCGAGUUCAAGGGCCCUUGGGCGGCUUGCUGGGUUUUUGCGGCUGGUUGCCAUUCGCCCAGCAGCUAGACGAUUUGUUUUCUGAACAACAGAAUUUGGGUACCCCACAGAUACUGCGCCUCGUAUCUGGGUUCUUCUUUGAUACUAUUGCUGGACCUACGGUGCCACAGGCCCAGACACCUGCGGAUCCAUCCAUCCUAUCUACCCCGGUAUUUCUCAGUCAUGGAACAGACGAUGCGUGGGUCUCGGUACAACUCGGACGGCAGGCAACUCGGAUUUUCCGGCAGAUCAUGACGCGUAUCGAAUGGAAAGAGUUCACCGGGGCAGAAGGGGACGGCCACUGGAUCAAGGAGCCUGACAGCUUUGACCAGAUCGUUCGGUUUCUGGAGACCCCAGUCCGCCAAAGCUCGGAGGCUGCUGGCUAG